CGCCUGUUGUAGAAUACACCCAGGCUAGGCGAAAAGGCGUCAAAAAGUUUGCGAAUUCUCGUGUGUCCGGCUGACGGUGGGUGCCGUAUUGUUGCGUUGCCGCGGAUUGUCGCGUCUCGCGCGUCUGUGCGUACGUGCGUGACACGUACGAGGCGUGUACUUUUUCCGGGGUGCGUUGUAAUUGCAUGUAAAAGAAUUGUGAUCCUCAGAUCUUAAUAUGCUCGAAGGAUCGGCCAACUUUUGGAAAAAGAGGUGCUCCGCCUGAAGAGAGUACUCGGAGCUGCGCGCAUGCUUCCGUGCCUGCUCCCUCGCCAUUUUGGAGAUAGAAUGUUAAAUUUUGGAAUGGACUGACAGAGGAUUAAGUAAGAUUAACAAAUUUAGGAUAGAAGAUUAAAAGACAAGAAGACGUCUAACGGUGUCUGAAAUAGGCCUCGGCCAUUUAAUCAUUAAUACCUCUACUAUGCCAGCUGUUCCAAGGCCUGGUAGCCUUAAGGACCCAGAGAUUGCUGAAUUAUUUGAGAAAAAUGAUCCGGAGAAAAUAUUUGAGGACUUACGUGAAAUCGGUCAUGGCAGUUUUGGGGCUGUUUAUUAUGCACGAUGUUUGGUUACCAAAGAAAUUGUUGCCAUCAAAAAGAUGUCUUAUUUGGGAAAACAAACUGUUGAAAAGUGGCAAGAUAUCUUGAAAGAAAUUAGAUUUCUUAGGCAACUGAACCAUCCUAACACAAUAAAGUAUAAGGGCUGUUAUCUCAGGGACCAUACUGCCUGGUUGGUGAUGGAAUAUUGCCUUGGUUCUGCAUCUGACAUUAUUGAAGUUCAUAAAAGACCAUUGAAAGAAGAUGAAAUAGCUGCAAUUUGUGAUGGUGUGCUACGUGGUUUAUAUUAUCUUCAUUCCCUUGGAAGAAUUCAUAGAGAUGUAAAAGCUGGAAAUAUUUUACUUACUGAAAAUGGAACAGUGAAAUUGGCAGACUUUGGAUCAGCAAGUAUAAAGUGUCCAGCAAAUAGUUUUGUAGGAACUCCUUAUUGGAUGGCACCAGAAGUGAUAUUAGCUAUGGAUGAAGGGCAAUAUGAUGGAAAAGUGGACGUAUGGUCCUUAGGGAUAACAUGUAUUGAAUUAGCGGAACGGAAACCACCGUAUUUCAACAUGAAUGCUAUGAGUGCUUUGUAUCAUAUUGCUCAGAAUGACACACCAACUUUAAAUUCUGCAGAUUGGUCAGAUGUUUUUCGACAUUUUGUCGAAGUGUGUCUUACUAAAAGUCCAACUGAAAGGCCAACCUCUGGUAAACUGUUAUCACAUCAAUUUGUCACCAGAACACGUUCUCCGCAAGUUCUGAUAGAUUUAAUCCAACGAACAAAAGCUGCUGUCAGAGAACUGGAUAAUUUAAAUUAUCGAAAGAUGAAGAAAAUUUUAAUGGUCGACGCUUGCGAGACUGAAAGUACAGUUGGCGAUGCUGAUGACACUCCUGAUGAACAAACAGGUGGUGAUAGUAGCAAAAGUAAUUCAAUUACUUCGGAGCACUCAAUUCAUUCGAUGGGUGUUUCUGCAAGCUCUCAAAGUUCCUCCACCAAUAGCCUGCCACUGCCAAAUGCUGAUGCAAAUGAUUAUUCCACGGGAUCUGUACGGAAUCGACACAAAAUACCAGCAGGUGGUGUCACUGCCAAUCUUCUUGAACAUGGUGCCAAUAACUUCGCAACAAUUAGGACAACAUCGAUUGUGACUAAACAACAAAAAGAACAUAUGCAAGAAGAAAUGCAUGAACAAAUGAGUGGAUAUAAGAGAAUGAGACGGGAACAUCAAGGAGCUUUGGUAAAAUUGGAAGAACGAUGUAAAAUGGAGAUGGAGUCCCACAAACAAUUAUUAGACAAAGAAUACGAAACUCUUCUACAACAGUUUAGUAAAGAAUUAGAAAAGCUUCAAUUAAGGCAUUUGCAAGAGCUAGAACGUAAAUUGAAACAAAACCAAAAUGCAGAGAAGAAGCUUCAUAAAGAGAUUACAAGUAGACAAGAGGCUGAUCGGAAAGCAUUGGAAGCACAGCAAAAGAAAGAGUACAAAGCUUACAAAGAGAGAUGGAAAAAAGAAUUAUCCCAAGAUGAAGUUACGCCGAAACGACAACGAGAUGCUACGCUUCAAAGCCAAAAAGAUAAUUUCCGACAAAUGGAAGCGCAAGAAGAACAACGACUUGCAAGAGGACAAAGAGAAUACCUUGAUCUUGAAAUUCGUAAAUUCCGUAGAAAAAAGUUACUCAUUUUUCAUAGUUUAGAGCAAGAACUACUGCGAGAAGAAUUAAAUAAGAGACAACAACAGUUGGAACAAGCGCAUAAUAUGUUGUUACGACAUCAUGAAAAGACACAAGAGCUGGAAUAUAGACAGCAAAGAGCCGUUCAUGCUCUUCGAGAAGAUCAAGUUCUUCGGCAACAUGCUACUGAGCUUUCAAAUCAACAAGAUUACAUGCAAAGAGCAGAGCGCGACUUGCGCAAGAAACACGCGCUAGAACUCAAACAGCAACCCAAGAGCCUCAAACAAAAAGAAAUGCAGAUUCGAAAACAGUUUAGGGAGACGUGUAAAAUACAAACGCGGCAAUAUAAGGCAUUGAAGGCUCAAAUAUUACAAACAACAGCUAAAGAAGAACAAAAAGCCGUUAUUAAAAAGUUAAAAGAAGAACAGAGAAGAAAAUUAGCUCUGCUGGGUGACCAGUAUGAACAAAGUAUUGCCGAAAUGCUCCAAAAACAAAGCAUACGUUUAGAUGAGUCGCAAGAAGUUGAAUGUCAUAACCUUAAGGAAAGGUUAAAUUAUGAAUUAGAAAUACUAAUGGCAUACCAAUCUAAAAAUAAAAUGCAAGCUGAAGCGCAAAGAAAUAGGGAGCGUCGUGAAUUAGAAGAACGAGUCUCAGUUAGGCGAGCUUUACUUGAACAGAAAAUGGAACUUGAAACUCAGGAAUUUCUUCGUGAACGCAGUGAACGGAUACGUUUACUACAUGAAAGACAGGAACGCGAGUUACAACAAUUUGAUGAGGAAAGUGCAAGAAUAGGCUUCAGUGCUCUGGCGAUAGCUGAGGCAUCAAAAGAAACUUAUUCAGAUGAUGAAAGCCUUAGUGGCUCAAUGUUAAGUCUGGCUCACAGUAAUAGUUCUACAUCCUUCCCCCCUAAUAGUCUUUAAUUUUAAUCAUAUUAAUAGAAUAUGUAUGUAUGUACGUUUGCCUGUAGUGAAUGCAUAACGAGCCUACCGACGUUUAAUUCAAUGACUUACAUACAUAGCAAAAGUUGGCUCGUUACAUGUAUCGACCCAAACCUAAGAGGUUUGUUAGGGUUGGGAAUGUGUAUUGGACUGAAAUUAAUGUACCAGCAUAUUUUUUAAUUAUCAAAAUAUGUCAAUGUGAUCUAUCUGGAAAGAGAGCUUCAUAUUGAAGAAGAACUUAGAUGCUUUUUGCAACGUUGUAAUAUUUAUUAAUCAUAUCUAAAUACCUUGUGAAUUAAAUAGGAGUAAAAAGAAAGAAAAUCUUUUAAGUAUCAGUCUUAUCUACUAUACUGAAAAAUAAAUCUUAAUGUUUUUGGGCUUUGAAGUAAGCCGGGCUAUUAUAGCAUACAGAAAAUUUUAUAUGCGACUACAGAAAAUGUUUAGAAACAUUUAUUUAUCAAUAUCUUGCAAUUAUAAUAAAACAAAACAAACAGUAUAAUUAUAAGCUCGACUUAUACGUUUGAUUUUGACUAGUUGAAGAUUUGAAAUAAGAACGAUACGGAAUAAUAUUUUCGGUAAGAUUUGAACCAAUUCUUGGUCUAGUAUUAAAUGAUCUUACCGAUAAUUGUGUACGUUGAUUUUUGCAGACCUUAUUUCAAGCUUUCAAUGACAUUUAGUUUGAUUUAACAAAAACUGAGUGAGUCGAUUUAUUUAUUUUAAUUGCAUUCUUAAUGCAGUUAAUGAAUUUACAACAUGACAAAUAAUAGAAAGAUUUAGUUGCAGUAUCCUAUGUUGUAGUUUAUGAUAGUGUAUUCAUGAUAGAGAAUAUUUGUUAUUUCAAUGGGAGAUUAAUUUCUAAAAUUGAAAGACACUUUUUUACUAUUUUAUACAAUUUGUUUAACAUUGCUAAAAAGGAAUGUCAAUAUCAAAAACUAAAUUGAUAAUAAAAUUAUUGUUGAAUUACCAGA